UUGUGCCUUCCCGAGUGAAGGAGGCAGAGAGAGAGAGGCACGGAAUCUGCUGACACACUCUCUCGGGCUGUUCAACUGUGGUCUCGUUCAGAGUUUUUGCUUCUUAUUUUUUUAAAAAAAGGAAAAGUUUGAUCUUUGGAUUCUAUGAUCCAAGAACUCCAGGAGAAACGCCUUGAGGAGAAGAUAAAGUGAUCUCCCUCUCUCAUCUCUCCGGGGUCUGCCUGAUGGCCAGGUUGUUUUUGGGGAGAAACUGACCAGGUCGGUUAAUUACAUCAAACAGGUCAAACCCAGAACGAUGCCACGAUAACUUCGAAUCAGCACUUGUCCGGGACUGAGGAGCAGUAGAAUGUCGCCUCCAGGUUCUCCCAGCUUGAAAACAGACACGGAUUAAGAGCAGGAUGUUCCACAAAGCCAGUGGGUGGAGCUUUCAGCGAGGUUGGAGCUUCUGGAGCUUUCUCUGCCAUUUGGCUACGUUCGCAAUCAGCCUUGAUCCCACAGCAGUGUUGGGCUGCUCAAAAUGCACAGAAACUUUAACCAGUCCCACCGGACAGUUCGCAUCCCCUUGCUUCCCCCGGGAGUAUAUUUCUGAUUUAAGUUGCCAGUGGACAAUCCGAGCCCCUCCUGGAUUUAUCAUACAGUUGACCUUUCAUGAGUUCGAGUUAGAGGAAGCACAAAGAUGUCUGUACGACUUUGUAUCAAUAAACACUGGGGCCGAGCUCAUAGAAUUUUGCGGUGUCACAGCUAAGGGCCUCACGUUGAACUCUACAGGGAAUGAAAUGAUUGUUACGUUCAAGACCGACUUUAGCAUCCAAAAGAAAGGCUUCAGGGUCACCUACAGGCAAGUGGCGGUCUCACUGCGGAAUCAGAUGCUGGUGUUGUCGGAGGCUUCUCAAAGACAGACCGUUGCAGUCUCCCCUUCUGUCACCAUCCCAGAGCUGCGGCAGUUCACAGUAUGCCUGGAGGCCAAGGGAUCCAGGGUGAAGAACGGGUGGACCUUGUUCUCAUACACAGACAGCAGUGACAAGGCACAGAUCAAGUUCAAGAAAGACGACGAUGACAUUCAGCUGCAAGUUUCUGAUGUGGUGUGUGAUGUGGGUGAGCUCUGGGAUGAGCACUUCUCCGACAAGGUGAUCACUGACACUUGGCAGGGGCUGUGCCUUGCCUGGGAUGGCAUGUCUGGCAAUAUCGUCACCCAAGCCCAAGACAAGUACCAGCUCAACCCCUGCCCAGCAUCUAAGAACAAGGUCAUUGCAGGAAGUGGCACCCUCUCGCUGGCACCAAAAGUGACUCCAGCCAGCAAUACCUACAGAGGUGAGCUCUACAAUGUCCGGCUCUGGAACUUCAGCAUGUCCAGUCAGGCACUGCUAGACCUAACCUGUGACAAGAAAGGGAAUGUUGUGGACUGGGACAACUCAUUUUGGGAUAUUCCUGUCGAUGUGCUGGAACCUAACAGUGACCUGAGCUGUGCUACUGCAUCACCUACCCAAAUGACCAUCAAACCCACCUACUGUUCGACCCCAGGUUCUGGAUGUCAAGUGACAACAUCAUCCCAUUUCAGCACUGCUGUCACUAACAUGCAUGGCACUAACAGCCCUGAGCCCUCCACUUCUGUGACAACAUCAUCCCAUUUCAGCACUGCUGUCACUAACAUGCAUGGCACUAACAGCCCUGAGCCCUCCACUUCUGGCACAACCCCUCCAUUCACGGAAAUCACAUCGCCAGGAACGACGGAAGCUGCAUCACCGAGGGGGCUCUUAUACAUGACGCAGUUUACAGUCCACGACCUGAUUGGGGAUAUGGACACAGCAGAUCUGGAGCAGAAAAUAUCAACUUGGCUCACUGAGUCUUUUCAGAACUGGAAUUACUCCAUAUACGUGGAAAGUGUCAGGAUUCUUCAAAACAACAAAACUGCACCUCACCGCAUUUCCAGAUCAAUCGAAACCACAAGCUAUGUGUGCUUGGCUAUCCUGUAUUACAAUAUUACCAAAAAUAUCUACCUUGAGGAGAGGAUAGUGCAAGAAAGACUGAGAAACACAUCUUCCGUCAUCGGAAAUAACCUUUCCAUAGACUCCAUUCAGGUGCAACCCGUAGUGAACUGCUCAACAGAAGAAGAACCAGCUCAAUAUAUUUGGAAAGCAGCCCGACCAAGGACUACCCAACAUCUGCCCUGUCUCUCAAAUCAAGGACAAUAUGCAAGCAGAAGUUGCCUUUUAAACAUGCAGGACUACACAUCUUUCUGGGAGCCACCCGACUUGAGAAACUGUUCGCUGGUUACAAACAGCAGCACGUUGGAAAACAUUCCAUCUGUUUCAGCAGACAACGCAGCAGAAGUGGCCAGUCAGCUCCUCGAUUUCUCUGCGGAUGGGAAUCUCACCCAGGAUCAAGUGGUUAAGCUAGUGGAGACUCUGAAUCAGAUUGUGAUCGUGUCGGAUAUCAACUCCACCUUGGCAUCCACAGUGCUGACAGUUCUGUCCAAUAUCCUUUCAAGCUCAGAUGAGGCACUGGCCACAUCUUCCCAAGUGGCUUUGAGGACCCUAGAUGCAUUGACUGUCAAGAUGAUCUUCAGUGGGCCUUCAGUGAGUAUCAGCACCCCAAACGUAGCCAUAGGGAUCUCUGCUGUCAACUCUACAAAUUACACUGGCACUUCCUUCAGUGUGGCAUCUCAGAAUGGAGACUCGGAGCUGGAGCCUAAUUUUGAUGGGGAUCCACAUGGUGAGGCCCUGGCAGGAAUCGAGUUGCCCCCUGGCCUUUUCGAGCGUCUGACAGCUGAUGAGCUCAGCCUGGUGUCGAGGACUCAGUUUGCUUUCUUCAGUAAAACAGGACUCUUUCAGGAUUCAGGAGCAUUUAAACUCCUGAGUUUUGUGAUUGCCAGCAGUGUGGGAAAUAUCAGCAUCAGCAACCUCUCUGACCCAAUCAAGAUCCGAAUUAAACACAGGCAGCAUGAGGAGGAUAUUCAACCACAGUGUGCCUUCUGGGAUUUAACAUUGAAGAAUGGCAGUGGGGGCUGGAAUAUUCGAGGUUGUCGAGUAGGUUCAGAUUCCAGUGUGAACGAAACUAUUUGCCUGUGUGAUCAUCUCACACACUUUGGAGUCCUUCUGGACAUCUCAGGAACUGCACAACACAUUGAUCCUCUCAAUACAAAGAUUCUGACCUUCAUCACUCAUAUAGGAUGCGGCAUCUCAGCUAUUUUUUCAGCGACAACACUUUUAACAUACAUUGCCUUUGAGAAGCUGCGACGGGAUUACCCAUCCAAGAUUUUGAUGAACCUCAGCACUGCACUUUUCCUUCUCAACCUAACAUUCCUGAUUGAUGGCUGGAUUGCAUCAUUCAACAUUCCUGGAUUGUGCAUUGCUGUUGCUGCAUUCCUUCACUUCUUCCUGCUUGCCUCCUUCACCUGGAUGGGAUUGGAGGCUGUUCACAUGUACAUAGCCCUGGUGAAGGUCUUUAACACGUACAUCCGAAAGUACAUGCUCAAAUUCUGUAUCAUCGGAUGGGGUUUACCAGCAGUCAUUGUGGCUGCUGUUCUAGCAAUCGAUGAAGAGUUCUACGGGGUGAAGCUGUAUGGGGAAGCAUUGGAAAACGGAGGCUCUGAGUUCUGUUGGAUUGUCCAUCGUGUCGUUUUCUACGUCAGCUGCGUGAGCUAUUUUGUGAUCAUCUUCCUGGUGAACAUAGCCAUGUUUAUCGUGGUGUUAAUGCAGAUCUGUGGAAGGAAUGGCAAGAAAAGCAACCGUAACAUGAAGGAGGAAGUCCUGCGUAACCUGCGAAGUGUCAUCAGCUUGACGUUCCUGCUGGGGAUGACCUGGGGAUUUGCGUUUUUCGCCUGGGGACCGGUGAAUUUGGCUUUCAUGUACCUGUUUGCAAUCUUCAACUCGUUGCAAGGCUUCUUCAUCUUCAUGUUUCACUGCGCUCUGAAAGAGAAUGUACAGAAGCAAUGGAGGCGCUAUCUAUGCUGCGGCAAAUUUCGACUACCAGAAAAUUCCGACUGGAGCCGAACAAUCACAAACAACACCAAGAAAGUCAGCUCCGAAAACCUGGGAAAAUCACUGUCAUCCAGUUCCAUCGGUUCCAACUCCACCAGCUGGACAAGUAAAUUUAAGUCUGGUUCCAGCUUCUUUAAAAACAGCAGCAAGGGAGGCCUCUUUGCGGCUGUGACAUCGUCGAAGUUUGACCAUCUGGAUGCCCAUCGGGAGCCUGUCAUUCCCAUCCAUAAUGCCCUGGACAAGGUGACGUGUCAAUACCCAACCCACUCCGACAACUUCUACAAGAACAUCAUGAUGUCCGACAGCUUCAGCCACAGCACGAAAUUCUGACCAUCGAAAACACAAUUCUCACGAGAAACAAGAGAGGAAUGCCCCAGAAGGAGAUGGACCUGAACCGUGUCUGUGUGUGUGUUUAUGUAUGUGUGUGUGUGUGUGUGUGUGUGUGUGUGUGUGUGUGUGUGUGUGUGUGUGUGUUUGUGUGUACUUUGAUAAUGGAUCAUUGGUGACUUGACACAGAGGGAAGGUGGAAAAGGCAAAGCAGAAAGGAAGUGGAGAGAGUGGCAGAGGAGUGUUGUGGUUACUUGGGAGUGAAUUGGAGGAUGGUGAUUUAAUACAGUGGUCUAGAUGAUAUUAUAAACUAACUGGGCAUUGGUUAACUGGUUUAUUGAUACCAUCUAAACUCUGGAACCAAGGCAGGAUCCCUUACUUUGUCUCUAUCUAGUAAUUUAAUAAAAUUGGAAUAGUUAGUACAGGUUGAAUUACAUGUGGAUUCCCAUUCUGAGAGAGUUAGAUCAUAUGAUGAAAUAUCAAUUCUAAGGAUCUAAGCUUGAAUGCGGUCCACUAUCCCAACUCCACCCUUGCCCCCCUCCUUAUUUUUUUCCCACUCAGUUGUUCUUCCCUGUGAGAUACCCAUUUGAAAUGAGAUUGUGAGGCUCUGGCCCUGUUUCUGCUGUCCUUGGGGCCCACUGUGGGAAGAUUUGCUAGACCUUGAGUGUUUUCUCAGAGAUGCCCCAGGACGGAGAGUGUUUGCACUGAUGCUCGGAGGAAAAGCGCUCCCCAGUUUCUAGUCUGAGCCACAAGGUAACGCUGGAGGGGAGGGCACUUCACUCUGUUGCCCCUGUCUUCUCUAGAAUCAUUUGCCACAGGCUCGAAAGGCCCCAGGAUAAGAAGGAACACCUGACCCCAAUGAAUGCAAAGGACAAUCACCAAUAAAGGAAUGACAGGUUGGAUUCAAGAAAGAGUUGAAUUAGGAUAUAAAGAAAGCUACGGCCCAAUUUGUACUGCUCCCUUAUGCCUACAGCAAGCAACAACAGCAGUCUUAGCAGAGAAACAGGCCAUUUGGCCCAUGUGGCCCAUGUUAGAAUUUAUACUCCACAUGAGCCUCCACCCACCUGAUUCCAUCCAACCUAUUGGGUCAAGAGAUAAAUUAGCAUGCCUUGAAAUGGGAAUGAAAAGGGGGAUUAGUGUUUAAGGCAUUUUACAGACAUCAGCAAACAAGCGGCGCCACCCAAUACAAAGGAUUUUCAUGCCAAAGGCAAAGGUUCAGUUGAGAACUGUGGAUCUCACUGGCUGCUGUUACAUUAAUUAGUUUUGGUGAGAAGUGACUGAUUGGGGCAUGGAAGCUGCUGUCAGCUCAUUGAUAACGUAAGGAACAGCUUGGCCUCGGGUAUGGUGAGUGGCUGGGCUGGGCAAAAACUUUGCUGAUUCCAGGUUUGAACCACUCGGCUCAGUCGCCGGGGCUGGGUUUGGAACAUCGAAAUAGCCCAGCUGAUCGAUCAAGAGGCUGCAGUACACGCCUGCUAGUAGACCCGACUGGCUUUCCUUCUCUGAAUCUAGCCCACUUGCUGCACCUGACCAUCUCUGCAGGAGUUCAAAAUUAUAAGAUGAGCUCCUCCGAUGUUAAGCACUUUCUAUAAUUGAGCCCAGUUACCAGUUCAGGGAGCAAGGGGCAGAUUAUCAUUAUCAUGAUCACCCCAGUUUAGCUGUGACUCUAUUUGACCUCAGAAGGUACUCUAGAUCCAUGACCAAUGUUUGCAAAUGGAUUUGUCAUGAAAUGCUUGCAAAUAUUCCAGUAUAUUCAUCUAUGUGGAUGGUCUGUUUCCAGCAUUUUUUCUAAUCUGCUGUACCUUCAGCAACCUGAGAGUGAUGAUGGCGCCCGUUUGAACACUUCAGAAGGCACAUGGUGAUACAGCAACAUAACUGAGCCCAUUGUGGUCAGGAAAAUGAGGUGAAAGGACAAGGUGGACUCCGCUGGACUCCACCACGAUUACUCAAUGGUUUAGAUCUUACAAACCUGCAGCUUUUAAGCAGGGAGAAAAUGUGACCAUACAGAAAACAAUGGGGGGGUACUGGAAAGACUCAGCAGGCCUUGGCAGCAUAUAUGUGGGGAGGGAAACAUUUAGCUUUUCAAGAUAAUGGGAACUGCAGAUGCUGGAGAAUCCAAGAUAACAAAGUGUGAAGCUGGAUGAACACGGCAGGCCGAGCAGUGAGGAUGUGGGAAAGGAUGAGGCAGAUUUUAAAGCCUUGAUGUACUUGACUUCAUUGACCUGGUGUGUGUAUGAAUUUGCAUGUGUGUUUUUGGCUGUGAAUGGCAGCAAGGCAGGACUGUAAAAACUAAUGGCACAUUUAUCCCCACAUGAAGGAGGGGCCAUUCAGUCGUCAGAUAGUGUUGCCUAUGGUAUAAAGCACCACCAAACGUCAACUGUCACAAGUGUUGGAUCAAAGUGUAAAAUUGUGAAAGAUGACAACGUGUUUCAUUGUCUGAAUUACAAGUUGUCUAAAAUUAUACAACAGUCAAUGAACACAGUCAUCAAUGCUUUGAGGGUUGCUCUGCCCUUGGAAAAAAACGUGUUGAUUUGGAAAUGCUUGUCAGCGAGUAUUUAGUGCACCCUCUUGUGGAGGUGAUUAUAAAUACCCGCUCUCAGCCUAUUAAUCAGGGAGUGCCAGCGCGGACACCUCCAUUAUGAUCCAUGAUUCACCGACUGCACGGUCAUGUGGGGUGCACCUCCCCUUUAAGAAAGGGCAAGGUUGAGCAAGCCUGACCUCCGCUGUGUUAAUGCAUCCCUCAGUAAGUGCCAGCCUCGAACAAUUAAACUGCUUCGACUGCACCUCAAUAAAAAAAACAUGUUACUUUCUCUGUGUGAGAUAAUCAUCAAAAGGGAUGCUUGAAGGAUUGACCAUCACCCCUUGCCCAACAGAAAAACAGUAAACUUUGACUUCACUAAUCUGGACUUGUUGCAAAUCACCAUGUUAGCUGUUUGUUCUGCGAAGUUAAGCACCUUUACUACUAUGUAGUACAUAAGAAAAAACAAAAGAAAUGCAGAUGCUGAAGAUCUGAAACAAAAGCAGAAAUUGCUGGAGAAACUCAGAAUUCUGGCAGCAUCUGUGGACAGAGAAAGAAACAGUGUUUCGAGGCCAGUCUUCUGAAGAAGGGUUGUACCUGACUUGAAACGUUACUUCUGUGUCUGUCUCCACUGCUGCUGCAGGACCUAUUGAGUUUUUCCAGCAAUUUCUGCUUUUGAAAUAGUCUGUUUCAGUCCUUCUAUAUGAUGUUCCUGUGUGAUUCUACAAUGUGACACUCCUCUCCUGACCCACUCCCUUUCUCAUUGCCUUGUUUUGACAUUUUGCUGUUAGUCUAGUCGCCCUGUAAAUAUUUAUUUAUUCCAGUCCUUGUCAAUGUUGUUGACUAGUUACUAUGCCGUUUGUAAGUGUCAAUGUAUUUUUAACUCUGUGAAACUAUUUCAAAUUGUUCUGAUUUUUUUUA